AACUCGUCAUCAGCCGCGGUGCAUCAGGGGAAACAAAAUGGCCGCUCAGAACGCGAGCUAAUGCUAAUUUAGGAGAAACAGCCGGGAAUAAAUAGACAUUUUGCGAUGUUUUUCCGACCAGUUGGAUUGUCAGUGCACGUGUGAUAUCUUGUCUGUGUUCACUUGGAACCAUGUCAACGAGAGCCGAGUGCAGAGUGUCCAGCUCCAGCUCCAGGACGGAGGAGAGGGAACGGAGGAGAUCAACAAGCGGAGGGCGAGAAAAAAGGAAGCGGAAGCGCAGCCGUAGUCGAUCUUCUUCGUCGUCCUCUUCAAGUUCAUCUUCGUCAUCUUCAUCCUCAUCAUCAUCGUCGUCUUCAUCGGGUUCCUCACAUUCGUCCAGCGGCAGUCGAAGUAGCUCGAGUAGCAGUGACUCCCGCAGUAAAUCUAGAAAGGAAUUGAAGAAAAGGAAAAAGGAGAAACAACCCAAAAAACAGAAAGGGAAGAAAGAAAAGCGUCAAAAGCGUAAAAAAGAGAAGAAAGCAAAAGGAGGAGAGGAAAACUCGGGACCUGUACAGAUCUCCAAGUACUUGAAGGACAGGAAAAAAGGCAAGUACAGCAUGAUCUCAGGGAAGAAGAUAAAGAUGAAGGUUAAGAAGUCAAAGAAAGACAAACAGCGGGAUAAGAAUCGGGCAGAACUUCUCGACUUCUUGAACUCCACUGUGUGAGGCCACUGUGUGCGCCACAAGUGGUGGCCAGAUUCAGGCCCGUCAGCAGAACUCAGGAAACAACGACUGAGCAGUGCAGGACAACAACAAUGUCACGUUUUUUUCUGUGGAAGAGAUGAUGAAUACAACUUGAAUGGACACAUGGGGGCAGCACUGAGCUGGACGGAGGGAAGGAGCUGCUGGUGUCCAGACGCCCAAUUCUUCAGCUUUUCCUCUGGUAGUGUUUGUGACAUGAGACAUGAGAACAUGUUGAGCGGUGUUAUCUGAAAUUGUAUCUGUGGCCUAAUGGAUCAUAUGAAGGUGAAAGUGGCUCAUCAGCCAGGUCAUAACUUUACAUGUGAUUUAACAUUCGUUCACUGCUUUAAAAAAGGACUCCACCAAUUUAGUUUUGUACUAACUUUGUCAGACUCAACGUGGACAGUUUAUUUAAAUUCCCCCCAUUUUUGCCGCAAAGCAAAAGCUAUUGAUUUAUCUUCAUUGUCAAAACCUGACGCCCACGUUACCCACAUUGUAACUCGGCCUCUCAAAGUUUCGGAUCGGGGAGAUUUGGAUUUGUUAUUCUACAAAAGUAAACGAGACAGGAAAUCAGUUUUUUGUAUCCGAACCCCACCCGAGCAUCUGACCUUUUCACUGACCCAUCAGGCGGGGGUCAGAAAUCCCCGUCCAGACCAAGCUACAGAGAUCACACAACAAGAUUAUUCUAAUUUUCUGGUUUUUUUUAGGUGCUGACCCGGAUUUAUCAGAUCCCACAGUCAAUUAGUUCUCCUCGUGACCCGUUAACAGACGCUAAUGUGUAGAAUUGGUGAAGUUCUCCUUUAAAGAGUAAAAUAAUUUCUUAACACUUACUUUACUACGUCAACUUUACUACGUAUAGGACUGUGUAUUUUUUUAUUAGGAAACUCAAUGUCAUGUUUCCACAGUAAAACUCGGCCAUGGGAACCACACUGUUAUCAGUGGGAACUGAUAUUCUACUUUUUGAUGUGUACAUUCUGUUUGAAAUGAGGAGAACUUACCCGUAUGUUGUGUUUGAUGUACGACAAACUCAUUACAUUCAUUCCCCAAAUUCUGUCACUUCUGUUAAUGUAUCAGUUAUUUUAUUAAACUGAAAAACAAAACACAGUCACCAUUUCGCCCUCAUUGUAUCAAACCAUUUUGGAAGCUUUAUAUGACUGAUGGAGUAAACCUGUCGUGUAUCGUUGAACUUUACUGUGUGAUAGAGAAGCAACAGCAAUAAACUGCUGGAAAGAUU